AUGGGAUGGACAACGGCGCCAAAGGCGACAGCGUUGCUGGGCGCCCUGCUGCUUGCAGCGCCCGGUGCGAGCGCGCAGGCGGCUAAGUUGAAGGUCGACCUUGAUUCACCAUCCUCGAUCAGGUCGGCCGCCAAGGUCGUUGCAGCCAACCUCAUGACCUACUACCACGGAGACGAGCCCGGCCAGACCCCGGGUAUCCUCCCCGGGCCGCCACCGGCGGCUCCCUACUACUGGUGGCAGGCUGGUGCCAUGUGGGGCACCAUCGUCGACUACUGGUUCUACACGGGCGACAACCAGUACAACGCCGAGGCGUUGCGGUCCAUGGUGUUCCAGGCCGAGGCCCCGGUCAACGCCUACAUGCCGCGCAACUGGACCGCCUCGCUGGGCAACGACGACCAGGGCUUCUGGGGCAUGGCCGCCAUGCUGGCCGCCGAGGUCAACUUCCCGAACCCACCCGAGGACCAGCCGCAGUGGCUCGCCCUCGCGCAGGCCGUCUUCAACACCCAGGUGGUCCGCUGGGAGACGGCCGACUGCGCCGGCGGUCUGCGCUGGCAGGUCGAGCACACCAACGGCGGCUACGACUACAAGAACACCAUCGCCAACGGGCGUGUUCCUCAACAUCGCCUCGCGCCUGGCCCGCUACACCCGGAACGAGACGACUACAACGUCAUGGACGGCGGCCACAUCCCGUUCAACUGCACCGACGUUAACCCAGUCCAGUUCUCGGCCAACGCCGCCAUCCUGAUCCACGCCGCCGCCGUCAUGUACAACUACACCGAAGGCAACGCGCGCACCAAAUGGAAAGGCCGCGUCGCCGGCCUCCUCAACCGCACCGUCGAGCACUUCUUCCCCGACGGCAUCAUGAUCGAGCGCGCGUGCGAGCUCGAGGACCGCGUGCAGUGCAACACGGACCAGCACUCCUUCAAGGGGUACAUGCACCGCGCGCUGGCCACCGUCGCCGUGCUCGCCCCCUUCACCUACGACGACGUGCUCAAGACCCUGCGCUCCUCCACCGAGGGCGCCGUCACCUCCUGCCUGAGCGACGGCACCUGCGGCUUCCGCUGGAACACGGGCGAGUACGAUAACGAUGUGGCGGCGGGCCCCGCCGGCCAGCAGAUGAGCGCGUUGGCCGCGCUGUCCACGCUGCUGAUUGAUCAGCAGAAGGUGUUGAAUGGGCCGUUGACGAACCAGACCGGUGGUACCAGUAAGGGGGAUCCGAAUGCCGGGCAGAAGUUCCAGGGCUUGUCGCCGCCGAGGGAGAUUACCGCGGGGGAUCGCGCCGGGUCGGGGAUUCUUACGGCGGUGGUGCUGGCGUCGUUUUUGGGGAGUGUCGUGUGGAUGGGUAUGUCGUGGUCGGAGUAG